AUGGGGGGGAAGAAGAUGCCGAAAGCACCACUGUCCAAGGAGGAAUACUUGAAGAGAUACUUAUCUCAGCCGAAGGGUAAAAAACAGAAGUCUGAUGGAACUGUGCACUAUAUCACUGGUGAAAUGCCCGACUCUCUGGACGCCUUUGAUGAGAAGACGAAGCUGGAGUUGAACAUGUUCAAACCUAGUGCUGAGGAGACGGCGAUGGGUGUGACGCAGGUUCGCAAACGUACCAAGGGCAUUCUCUCUGAGGAGGCUAUCAGUGAUCAGGCCUUGAAGGCGAGGAAAAAGGCCGAGUUGGAGGCCAAGUAUGCGCUUUGGAACCGGGGCGUAGACUCGGUGAAGGAGCGUGAAUUGGAGCUAGAGGAGGCACGUUACGAAGCCUCGAAACCACUGGCUCGCUAUGCCGACGAUGUGGAUCUCAACUUGCAGCAGAAAGAAGUCAUCCACGCUGAGGACCCUAUGGGCGCGUACUUUGAGGAGAAACGCAAGCGAAAGAAAGAAAGAGAAAAGAAGGAAAAGAAAAAGAAGCAUCGAAAGCAUGGUGCAGAUGGUGAGUGUGCUCUUCUGCUUAUUUCCGGAAUUUUAGAUGGCGGAGAAGGGGCUCAGGAAACGGAAGAGGAGGAGGAUGACGCGAGACCACGCUACAAGGGUCCUCCGGAGCCCCCACCUAAUCGAUACGGCAUUUGGCCGGGAUACCGGUGGGACGGAGUAGAUCGGAGCAAUGGAUUUGAGAGGAAACUGGUCGACGAUAUUACACGCAGGAGGGUGGAACGUGAGCUCGCCUAUAAGUGGGGCACGGAAGAUAUGUGA